AUGAGGAAACGUCUGAUCCAAAUAUUUGGCUUCUUGAUUUCAUCACUGGGAUGGCUGUUUGUGCUGUGCACCAUUGGAAUGGACUUUUGGAAGGUCUCUCGAAUAGGAGGACAAGGAGGCCCAUUUGUCAUCAAAGUGGCCUGGUAUGCGUCCAGCCUGUGGAAGGAUUGUUACACAGAUGCCACGUCUGUCAUCACCUGUAGAGACUUCCCUGUGGUACGGAAUGUCACACCUUUAAUACAGGGAGUACGAGGAUUGCUGCUAUGCGGGUUAGUUCUUGGAUUCAUUGGUGUAGUACUUUGCUUUAUUGGGAUGGAGUGCACUUAUAUUGGUGGAGCUGAUAAUACCAAGGACAAACUGCUUUUUGCCGGAGCAGUGUUUCAUAUUGUUGGAGGUGUGUCAGAUGUUUCUGCCUACUGCUUAUACAUCAACAAGAUUAACAGACAAACCUUUAAUGCCACUUUUGGGACAGGAGAGAUACGGUAUGACCUAGGAACUCCCAUAUUUCUAGGAUUGGUGGGAUGUUUUUUGAUCCUUUUAGGGGCUGUGUCAUACGCUGUUACAGUCUAUCGAGUACUUUGUCCUGGAAGUAAAGUGGAUUAUGCCUAUGGAGGAGGCACGUACAUGGCCCCUCGCUCCAGAGGAAGAACGCUGUACACCGGAUACUACAAACCCUCCAGGCAGAAUGGAUCUUAUAUGGGCUCAGGGCCAUCCACCAGCUCCAAAAUCUCAAAGCUCUCUCAGACAAGACCCAUGAAAAUGUCUGAAAGAGAUGCAUUUGUGUAG